CGACGCUUUCUUCCCUGGAGCCAAACGGCCUAUCUACACUACCUUACGGUAAUAGUUUGUGUCGGCUAGCCUAGGGCAAGAUGGCCAGGAAUUGGAGAAAUUGUCUCCCGGCCGCCGAUAGCCUCGCCGGCACCCACCCAUGCCUUCCCCACUUGUCACCAACGGAACGCGCUGAGCUCUGUUACGUAGUACAUCAUUUUGCAUGGCGGAUCGCAACCCAAUUCGAUCACGAAUGCAGAGAAGCGAAUGCGCCCACCACAAGGCACUACUAGUACAUUGAGCCUCUCAACCUUGUCACUACCUUUUGGUUUCUUUGGCCGUCUGCAUCUCUCCGAAACUGCAACCCGCCUAGCCAAUGCUCUAGCAAGAAUGCCUGAGCAGGGUCCGCCGCCGCCAGCCCGCGCUGGCCUCUCUCUGUAUGCGAACCUUCUCGACCCAGGCGCCUCCAGUGACCAGGCUUCGAUAUCGAGAGCACCUGUCGUGUCGCGCGAAGCUCUAGAAGCCGUCAAGGAGCAGGAAGCAGCUUCUGCGAAACGGCCAAUCGACGCCGCGCUCCGCUUCCAGCCCCUCCACCAGAUCCGCCGCCCACAGCAGAAGACCCAAAAGCCAAAGGCAUUCCCCAAGGCAGCGGCGGCGGCGGCCCCGUCUGCCGCAGCAAGCAAUGCCUCCGUGCCGCCGGCUCCUGCUGCUCCCGAGGUUGCCAGCAAUAGUGCGCCUACUACUACUACUACAGCAGCACCCGCAGCGGUUUCCCUAAAGCCAACCCUCGCCGACUGGCAGGCCACACAAGAGGAGGACGAAUGGGUGUACGGAACUGGCGACAAGAGGCCCCGCGGCGGGCGGCGGAAGAAGAAGGGGUCCAGACGAGGUAACGACGCGCCGGUAGAGACGGACUGGAACGAAAUCUACGACCCGUCGCGGCCGACCAACGUCGAGGAGUACAUGCGAAGCGACGAGCGAGUUCGCGAGGUUCAGGAGUGGAAGGCGCUGCUGUACAGGCAUCGACGGCAAGCAGACCGGCAGCGGAGCAAGUCUUGGAGCAGUGACGAAGAUACAGACAGGACCCCGGCAUUACAAAAUCAACAUCCUCCUGCUGGUUACAACUUUGCGCCACCUCCAAUGUCGCCGCCUAGAGCCUCAAUACCAGAUGCCAACACUGGUGACGACGCCUACAUGCGUCGCCUGGCGUUGUCUCAGGGCAAUGCUGUUGCACCACCGCCACCUGUACCGACCUAUUCAAACUCUCCCCCGCCGCCGCCGCCACCCGAACCACAACCAGACACAGCGACCAUCUCUCGAGCCCCGGUCCGAUACACGCAGAGCGAUCCUGCUGCGCGGCAGGAGCCCGGAGCAGACCCAGACGCCAUGGACGAAGACACGCCCCAGGACGAUGAGGAUACCGAGCUGCGCAGCAACCGGCCAGGACAAAAGGGCUUUGCAGCGCGGCUGAUGGCCAAGUAUGGCUGGAGCAAAGGCCAAGGCCUGGGCGCCGAAUCAAGCGGCAUCCUGCAGCCCCUCAAGGUCCAGGUCGAGAAGCGCAAGAAGAAUGAGAACGGCGGGUACGCGGAGCCCGGGGGCCGCGGCAAGAUUGUCGCCCCCAAGCACGCGCACAACGCCUCGUCGUCGUCGUCACAGCAGCCCCCCUCCACGACGGAGAGCAAGUUUGGCAAGACGAGCAACGUCGUCGUCCUGCGUUCCAUGCUCGAGGGCAUGGAGGACCUGCAGGCCGAAAUCGAGAACGGCCUGGGCCAGGAGAUUGGCGAGGAGUGCGGCGACAAGUAUGGCCGCGUAGAGAGGCUGUUUAUCGACAUUGAGGGGAAGCAGGUGUACAUCAAGUUUACUGAUGGGGUAUCGGCUCUGCGGGCCGUAAACGCCCUUGAUGGCCGGAUAUUCGCGGGCAACACCAUUGUACCGCAAUUCUACGACCCAGACAAGUUUGAGCAGCGCAUAUACGAGUAGUCCGCUGAAAUUUCACUUGGCCAUCUUCUUUUGGGUGUGAGACGACACCCGCUCACAUGGCAGGCGGAAAUUUAAGAACUGACUGAAAGAGGGAGGGAGCCAUACGCGUAGAAGAAUGCAUAGAAGAAUGCUCCGUAUAGUCAGCACUUUGUGUGCCACGUGCGUAUUUUCGGCAGGGCGGCUGGUCUAUGCAAGUUGUCACCGCCCCACAGUGAUCAACUUCUCACGAACAGUGAAAGACACAUCCGCAGGCAUGACCGAAGGAAACAAAACCGUGCUUAAAUAUACAGGAUGAACUCACAGAUAU